CGCCCAACACUGCCACAGACUGACAAGUGACUUCGCCAAGGUGUUUUUCCUUGGUCUCAACCUGCCCAACGACAUGUGGGCAUCAUCGUUCGGGAAUGAUGACCUAAUCAUGGACAAGGAGAUAUUCCCUGUGAAAGACUUGUCAACGCUUGAGUACAUAGACAAGCUGAAGUGGAUAUUCGAGGAAGAUUUAGCCAUUAUCAAAAAUGGUCAGCCAACUGUAUGUUUCAAAACUCUCGCAGAGUAUCCGGUUGAGCUAGUGUUCUUCGGCCAAGCUAGCCAAAGUAAGACGGAAGCAAUUGAAGACGUGUUGCAUGAGCCUAAUACCUUGUACAAUGAAGUCACGCGCCUUGAAAACCUUGAUUAUUACACAGGAGUGUGCCAAGGAGACUAAACUGAUGUCAAACUGUAUAACUGAAUAGAUAUUUUAAACAAUAUUUAGAACACAGAAAUC